AUGGACAAGUACAAACCGACCAGCAUCGGAACUGUCCCCUUUCGAGAAUGGUCAACCCCUUUCGAAGUCUACGGUACUAUACCCUCUCCGCAAGGGAUGACGCCGCUCAUCCUGUUGCACGGCGGCCCCGGCUUUCCUGGCAGGCACAUGCUAUGCAUCACAUCGCUCGCAAAGUCGCACGGCAUCCCCGUGAUAUGCUACGACCAACUGGGAUCAGGGAACAGUGUUCACCUUCCGGACAAGCCGAAAGAUUUCUGGCAAACCGAGCUGUGGGUCGACGAGCUCUUCAACCUGGUUGAGCAACUCAGCUUGGAACGGUAUGACCUCCUCGGCCACAGUUGGGGGGCGAUGCUGGCUGCGGACUACGCCACUCGCCGACCGACGGGGCUGCGCAAGGCAAUCAUUCACAGUGGGGCGCAGUCGUGUGCCGAUUGGGAGGAUAGUGCGAUCGGGCGACUGCGGACAAUGCCGGACGAAGUGCAAGAGAUCAUCGAUCGUUGUGAAGAAAGUGGCACGCUCGACCUACCCGAGUACCACGAGGCGACACUGAAGUUCUUGAAAGUGUAUGGAUGCCGGUUAGAUCCCUGGCCCGUGGAGCUGCUAGAGGCGCUGCGUCUAGUCAGUGAGGAUCCCACUGUGUACACGGUGAUGUCAGGGCGGUCCGAAAUCCACAUCAAUGGAAAUCUACGUACGUGGGACAUCUCCGAUCGCCUGAGCGAAAUCAAUGUGCCCGUCCUGAUCAUCAACGGCAAGUAUGAUGAAGCUGAUGAUGUCAUCACCAAACGUCUUGCGGAUAAGAUUGCAGGUUCUCAGUGGGUACAAUUUUCUAACAGCAGUCACACUGCCAUGGUAGAGGAGCAGGAGGAAUACCUGAAGGUCGUAGGUCGAUGGCUCGUUCAGUAG